UGAUUUGAAUAUUGCUGUAGCCGUGGAAGAAUAUAAAUGAAUCGAUACAUUUUUUACAUUGAAUAUAAAAUAUAUGUUAUUUAUUUAUUUAUUUAUUUAUCUAUCUUGCAAUGGCAAAAUAUUGUGUAAAGAAUCGAAAAGAACUUUUGGAUGAAAUUAAUGAAAACAGAAAUUCUGUUAAUAAAAAAUCUAAACAUGGUGAAACUUCAACAUACAAUAUUAAGGAAUGUUUUGAAGAAUAUUCUUUAGAAGACAAAGUUGAAACUUUAAAAAGUAUACUCUCUCAUAAUGGAAAGCUUAAACAAAAUGAACCAUCAAAUAUAAAUAAUAUAUUACAUAUUAAGAAACCAAUUGGUGUAAAAGAAUGCUUGCAAGCAAAUCAAGAAACACCAUUUCAAACACUUAUCUUUGAGCUAAAAAAUACUGUAAUGAAUAGUUAUUGGAAUAAAGAAGUUGGAAAAACAUGUUAUCAAGUUCCAAACCUUCCUGUUGGUAUGAAUCCACUGGAAACAACUUUUGGGAAAAGAAUUGAGCCUGGAGAGACUGUGGCUAAAAUUUUGCAUGAAAAAAUGAAUAAAAAUAAUAUAUUAGAGAAAGAUAUUGUAGAGAUGUAUAAAAAAAGUCACAAUAGUUACCUGCCUGCAGAGCAAAUCAAAAGACAUUAUAAGUCACCAUUUAAUGAGAAUUUAUACUUUGGAAAACCAAUUAAUAUUAGAGCUAAAGGUACAGGAGUGAAGAAACUCUUAAAAUGGAUUGAUGUUGAUACCCAUACAAUUAUUGAUCCUAAGUUUUCAGAUUUUAAAGAACAUUCUAAUGUCGAAGAAGUAAGUAAUUUAAACAACACACCUGUAUGUACAAACAUGGAACAUGAUACAAAUAAAAGAACAGAUAAAGAAGAAAUAAGAAAUGUCUUCAACGAAUGUUCUCUAAAUGAUGAAACAAUAAAGCAGUAUAAUUAUUUGCAGUAUAUAAAUAACUUACGUCUAAAACUUAAAAAGCGCAUUCCAGAAAUUCAAUUUGUAGAUAUUUUUGAAGACUUACUUUAUUUUGAUAAAGAUUAUAUAGAAAUAUUGCCAGCAGAUAAAAUUUUCCCGAUUUUAGCGAAAUAUAAAAUAUACGUAAAUGAAGUACUUUUAAUGCCAUUAUUGGAUCUUCUUCAAAUACGCAAAGGAAAAACAGUUAAUUACAGAGCAUUAUUGAAUCUUUUAAAUUGGAGAUAUGAUUUUCCUACAUUACCAAAAAUAGAAAAAUUACCUUUAGACUGCCAAUAUUAUAAUACUACAUAUAAUGAAACAAUAGGGAAUUUACAAGAAAUAAAUACUACAAGUAUUUCUGCAGCUGGAAUUUCAUCUAAAAAUAUGGAAGAUAAUAAAACUACUGCUUAUAGUCUAAUAUUUCCAAAUAUUUUCACAAGAUAUGGUCUUAGUCAACUAGAUCUCUCCAAACCUCGGAGUAAAGAAGAAGUAAAAAGCAUUUUUGAAAAUAUUGAAAUUCAAUUUCCUAACAAUAGUUUUGAUUUGCUUUGGGAAGAAGGUUUAAAAAAAAGUGGUGAGAACAAUCUAUCUAUAGAAGCUUUCAAUAACUUAUUUGAUCAAUAUAACUAUUGAAUUAACAAAAAAAGUAUUUAUACCUAUAAACUAUCAUUAAAAAUUACUGUGAAUUAUCAAUUUAUUAACAAUGCCUGCAUAUU